CGCUCAUUCAUUCGUUCUUUAGUCAUUCUUUAACAUAGUCGCUCGUUUCACUAUGCGUCUGUCUUCAGGUCUUCUCGUGGCUUGUGCCUCGGGCGCUUUCGCCCAGAACUUCAAGAGGUUCACCAACAGCAGCACUUCUGCUCUUGAGUCUAGCACUACUCUCCCAACCAACAUCGACACUACUACCGAUGCAGCUCCCAGCUCUACCACCGCCCCUGGUGGUUCUCAGUCUGUUGAUCUUGGUUCUGCCACCCUUGGUCAGGGCUCAAGCUUCGUCACUGGUCCCAAUGGCGAGACUAUCGUUCGCAUGUCUGCUGGAGCCAACGGCGUUGCUGAGUUCAGCGCUUCUCCCGGAAUCACCGAGAUCAAGGUCGGAGCCGAGAUCCAGAUCCGCUUCGACAUCACCGUCAAUGCUGUGAUUGAGGGCCGCAAGCGUGCUUUCGAGGGAUGCACUCUCGAUGUCAAGCUCGACGGCGAGACCAUCUACUCCGAGCCUCUUGCCGACACCAACGGCGCUGCCGUUGAGCAGGCUAGCAACCCUACUGCUCUCAACUCCGACAAGCCCGAUAUCCAGUUCCUCCAGUCUUGUGGUUCUGAGCCCGUACAGCUUGAUGUCUCCAACCUCGCUGUCGCUGCUGCUACUGACGGUGGCUCUACUGGUCUUCCCACUGGCGCUAACACUGAGACUGCUACCGAGACUGGCACUGAGGUCGCUACUGGCACCAACACCGAGGGCGCUACUACCAACUCUGAGGGUGAGACUGUUAUCCCCACUGGCACUGAGACUGGCUCUGCUAUCGCUACCGGUACCAACUCUGAGGGUGCUACCACCAACUCCGAGGGACAGACCGUCAUCCCUACUGAGACUGCCAUCGAGACCAACAGCGCUGGCUUCACCACCAACUCUGAAGGCGAGACCGUUUUCCCUACUGGUACUCAGACUGGCGCUGCUACCAACAGCGAGGGUGCCACUACCAACUCUGAGGGCGAGACUGUUGUUCCUACUGGUACUGCCACUGGCACCGAGGCUUCUGCUUCUGCUUCUGCUACUUCUCCCGCUGGUUUCCCUGGUUCUGUCGGUGUCUUCACCCUCUUCGGCUGUGUCGGUUCUUCCGCCGGUUUCCCCACCUUCGAGCUUGCUGAGACCAACGCUCAGAUGGACCUUGAGCGCUGUGCUUCUCUCUGUGUUGGCCGUGCUUACUUUGGUGUUUACGACACUGCAUGCUACUGCGGUGAUGAGGUUGAUGCCGAUAACACCAGCCGUGUUGAUAUUGACCAGUGUGACAUCGAGUGCCCUGGCGACCGCGACAACUUCUGCGGUGGUGACACCCGCCGCAACCGUCUCCAGGCUCGUCAAGCUGUUGCCGCUGGCCGUCUUCUGACCGUCUACGUCUCUGCUGUCGGUGCCGGCGCCACUGUCACUGACUCUGUUACCGAGACUGUCACCGACCAGACCACUCUCGUCACCACCUUCACCACCGCCGUCACUGGCCCCCAGACCACCACCACCGAGACCGUCACCGCCGCCCAGGUCUGCUUCAACGGAAAGUGCUACACCCAGACCUCCGACCACACCGUCUUCAUCUUCAUCGAGGUCAACGGCAGCGACUGUGACAACGAGUGGGUUUUCAUCACUGAGGAGUGCUCUUGCCAGGGCGGUCACCAAUACGUCCCCAAGUUCUGCUCCGGUGGAAGCUGCGCCGGCGAGAAGGUUUAUAAGACACAGGAGUGCCACGACUGGUGGAACCACGAGACCUUCUACGUCGCUGCAGAUUGCGAGGUUUGCAAGAAGGGAGAGGUUAUGUAUAAGCCUUGGGAGAACUCGUGGGGUACCCCUGAUAACUGCAAGGCUGAGAUGGUUCCUGUCUGCAAUGGUGCCAAGUGCCCUGCUGUCAAGGUUCCUGCUCACGGUUACACUCACGGUGGCCACGCUAGUUACAACGGAACUUACACCAACUCUACCUCCCACAGUGGUUCCAACUCUGCCCCUCACUGCACCGGCCCUAACUGCCCUGGCUCCAACUCUGGCUCUCACUGCAGUGGACCUAACUGCCCCGGCGCCAAGGCCGCUGGCUCUCAGGGCAGCGGUUCUCACUGCAACGGUGCUGACUGCCACGGUUCCAACGGCAGCGGCCCUAAGCCCACCACCGUCCCCAUUGUCAUCAACGGUGCCGGCAAGCAGGUUGUUGGUGCUGCUACUCUCUUCGCUGCCCUCUUUGCGGCCCUUCUCUAGAUGCUAGCAUCUCCUGUUCUUCUUCUGGAG